UGCUUAUUAGUUAAAAAUUACCGAUUUAUUCAAAUUAUGCUUGCCUCUUCUAUAAUGAUUGAAAAUAUUCCAUUAAUGCCAAAGACACCACAAAUUGUUAUAGAGAUUCCAGAAAAUACAUCAGAAGAAUUAAACUAUAAUGAUUUAUUUAUAAAAUCAAAUCAUCAUCAUUGGACAUCGGGUACAUCAAGUCCAGGAUCAUGUUUUCAAAAUUUAUUAGCACCUUAUUACGGGUCAAUAAAUCAACAACAAUAUCAUUUAUCAAUAAGUGAAAAUUCAUCAAGUUAUGGAAAUCUUAAAGAGGAUUAUCAUUUAGAUAAACAAAAUUUAAUGAAUCCACAAUUAUAUAUAAGUAGAACACCACCGCCAACAUUAUCAUUACAUUAUUUAAAUCAAACUAGAAAUUCAUAUUGUUGUAUUGCAAAUCAGAAUACAACAAAAUUUUUUACAUCAUCUGAACAUGACAAAAUUAGUGAUUUUCAACGUUCUAGUUCCACUUCAUUAACUUCGAAUUAUAAUAUGAAUAAAUCAUUAUACUUAGAUAAUUAUACAGAGAAUUAUACUUGUCAACCACAACAACAACAACACCACCGCCACCACUACAAUCACCACCACCACCACCAACAACAACAACAACAGUACCUUCAAUCAGAAAGAUUUCCACAUGUACAUAGAUCCUAUACAACAAAAUCUAUGAAAACAAAUUUCAAUAAUCCAUCCAAUCGUUCAUUAAGUCCAUAUCCACAAACUAUUAAUUUAUCUAAACAAUGUAUACCAUGUAUAACUACUCAAAGUCAAUAUAGUGAUUUAGAUUUAUUGAAUUAUCAUUAUAAUAUAAAUCAUUCUGAUAAUAUUUUAUUAUCUAAAACUAUGCUCAGUAAAAUGAAUAAACAAAAACUGAUACGUAGAGCAUCUACACCAUUAUCUUAUCAAAGUUUAAUGACAUCAUCACAGAUAUUAUGUAAUUCUUCAAUGACUACAAAUACCUCAUAUAAUACUACUACUAAUAAUAAUAUUAGUAGUGGUGGUAAUAAUCGAUCGAAUUUGAUUAAUCAUUAUCCAUAUAAUCGAUCAAUAAUUCGACACCCAUCAUCAUCUAUCAUACAACGUUCUAAUUCUUUACCAGAAUUAUCAACCAUCAUAAAAUAUCAUGAAUAUAAUAAAAUGAAUCCAUCUAUAAAAUCUUAUUCAAAAAUAAUAAAAAAUGAACAAAAUCAAGAUAAUUGGUAUCAUAAAUAUAAAUCGAAUAGAAUAUCAUCGAUACAAUCUAAUCAUCAUUUAUUCUAUCCAAUUGAGUUACCAUGUCAACAAAAAAUGUAUUUAUCUACUAUGAGAAAUCAUCGUCGACAUACAGAAGAUUGUAGUCAUCAAAUAAAAAAUAAAUCAUCAUCAUUAUUAUUAGUACAAUUAAAUCGUCGAUCAAAUUCUGUAUGUUCACAAAAUCAUUGUCAUUCUAAUAUAAAUAAUCAUAAUCAUAAUACUACUCUUACUACUCAUGGAAAUAUUGUUAGUAGUAUGCGUAGUGUCAAUUUUAUUAGUAAUAUUCAUCAUCAUAAUAAUAAUAAUAAUUUAGAUCAUUCUAAUCAAAUGAUAAAUGAUUAUAAUCAUUAUAUACAACCAUCUAUAUCACUAACGGAUAAUACAAAUUUAGAUAAUACUACUAAUUCAUUAGAUAUAAGUAGUAAAUCAAUAUAUAAACAAAAUAAUGAAAUCAUCAAUGAUAAUCAUCAUAUUCUUAAUUCUAAAGAUUUAGAAUUGAAUAAAAUGGAUUCUAAUCAAAAUAUCAUUGAAUUACAUGUGAAAAAAGGUGAUUCAUUUACCCAUUGUCUAUGUUCAUUAAUUGUUCUAUUAGUAUGUAUGCAAUUAGUUGUUGGGAUUGUAUCUACAGGACUUGGAUUAUUUUUAACAUGGAAAGUACCAGAAUUAGAUCCUAUGGAAUGUGCUUAUUUAUCUGGUAUACCACUUAUUAUCUCUGGUUUGGUUGGAACGUGUAUUUGUUUUCAGCAUAGAAUUCCUUCAAUCUCACCACAAUUAAUGAAUAUUAUCCAAGUAAGUUUAAUGAAUAUUUUCCAUAGUAUUUUCUUCAUUGAUAAAUUAAGAUUAUAUUACUGUUCUAGCAGCCAUAGGUGUUAAGAUCUAGCUUCAAUCAAUCAAUGAUGCUAGCUCAGUUGUAUAGAGGUAAAGAGUUUACACGAAACUGAAAGUCUUCAAUUCGAGUCCCGUAUGACGGACGGUCAUUUCGUCCUAGAUGGGACUCCUCAGCAGUGCG